GUGCGUGUUGGCUGUGUAGUUUUCCCUGUCGUCUGCUGGUUUUAGCCAUGCGUCCAGUGUAUCCGCAGAGAAGCCGCGGUAAAAGCAAGCUUUUCUAGGAAUACAAAGUUGCUUAUAGAACUAGUCAUAUAACUGUAUAGCUUUACUUUGGAGGCACUUUGAAGACUUAUUUUGCGACCACCCAUUUGUGUAAGAAAAGUGUUUUCACAUAGACUUAAAUACCUUUGCCUUUAAUUAUAAUUAUUUGUACACUUACUCGUGAUUGACUUGAUCUGUUGUGUUGUGUUGUGGUUUCGCUUUUGAGUUGUCGGAUAUAAUAAAAAAAAAAAGUCAAGACCAAGUGCACACAAUUCUAAAUCUAGACAGAUCAAGAGAUCUAGAUCUGGAGUCUAAAGAUUCAGUAAUUUAGAAUCGAGCCGGUUUUUCUUUUUAUAUUAUUGAAGUAAUAAGGCAUGAGAUGAUUGAAUAUGACUGUAUCACGUGACUCAUCGUAACAGUAAACAGACGCCACAGAAGCUAGCCCUAGUUUUGGAAUUCCUGGACGUGCUUCAUUCAUGCUGUUCACUUGGAAUACUUUCUUCCAACAUUUGGAGCGUUUCAUUUGGUAGGGGCUGACCUCCUGGAACUUUUUGUAUGUAAUAGCAUUCUCAGGAUUAGUUGUUCCCGUCACUACAAGCAAGGAUGGCCCUACACCUGGGGACACUCCAGAUCUUCGAGAACAAUGUCGGGGUUAGCGACGCUGUCCUGCUGGACCCCAUGACGGAGGAGGCCUUCAUUGACAACCUGGAGAAGAGGUUUCAGCACCAGCAGAUUUACACCUACAUCGGCAACGUGGUCGUGUCUGUCAACCCCUAUGAGAAGCUCCCGCUCUACACCCACGCCGUUAUUGAGGAAUACAGGAGCAGAAACAUUUACGAGUUACCUCCCCACAUCUAUGCAAUCACCGAUGAUGCCUACAGAUCGAUGCGAGAUAAGAACUUGGACCAGUGUAUCAUCAUAUCAGGGGAGAGUGGUGCCGGAAAGACGGAGGCUAGUAAAGUUAUUAUGCAGUAUGUUGCUGAGGUGUCAGGCAAGGGUCAAGACAUAGAUAGGGUUAAGGAGCAGUUGUUGCAGUCAAAUCCAGUUUUAGAAGCUUUUGGAAAUGCCAAAACCACUAGAAAUGAUAAUUCAUCUCGAUUUGGUAAAUAUAUGGACAUUGAAUUUGAUUUCAAGGGAGACCCAGUUGGAGGUGUCAUAACAAAUUAUUUAUUAGAAAAGUCAAGGGUAGCCUCACAGAACAGUGGAGAAAGGAGCUUCCAUAUAUUUUAUCAGAUGUUGUCAGGAAUGGAUGAUAGUUCUCUAAGCCAGCUUUUACUGAUUCGAGGUGCAGAGAACUAUAAUUUUCUAAACAAGAGUGGGUGUGUUGAGGUGGAUACUAGAGAUGAUGUGGGAGACUUCAGAGCUGUCCAGAAUGGCAUGACAGUGAUUGGCUUUGAACAAGAGGAAGUUGAUAAUAUUUUUAAAUUAUUAGCAAGUAUUCUAAAACUGGGGAAUAUAGACUUUUCAGAGAGACCAAAUGCAGAUGGCACAGAUGGCUGUGAUGUUACAAAUAUGUCAGAAGUUGAAGAGGUAUGUCAGCUGAUUGGCUGCUCUUCUGAUAUUCUAGCUGGUUCUUUGAUGCAAAGGACAGUAGCUGUCAAGGGUGAUAUGGUCAAGACUGACCUCAGCUUGGCAGGAGCCACAUAUGCUAGAGAUGCUUUAUGUAAAGCUAUCUACAGUCGUCUUUUCACCUGGCUGAUUAAGAGAAUAAACAGCAGUAUUAAGGUACGAGAAGAUUUACAAACUAGAACAAAGGUUAUGGGUGUUCUUGACAUUUAUGGCUUUGAAGUUUUUCAGAACAACAGUUUUGAGCAGUUCAUCAUCAACUACUGCAAUGAGAAACUUCAGCAGAUAUUUAUUGAGUUAACACUCAAAGAGGAACAAGAUGAGUAUGUUAAAGAGGGUAUAGAGUGGAUUCAUGUUGACUACUUUAACAAUUCUGUCAUCUGUGAUCUAAUAGAAAAACAAAAUCUUGGAAUCUUAGCUUUACUUGAUGAAGAGUGCCUUCGACCAGGAAACACAUCAGACAAAACAUUCUUGGACAAGUUAGAUGAAAGGUGUUCCAAGCAUCCCCAUUAUGAAAGUAGAAAGAAGAAUCAAUCAGACAAGUCUCUACCCCAUGAUGCCUUCAGGUUAAAACAUUACGCUGGCAGUGUGUUGUACAAAGUAAAUGGAUUUAUAGACAAGAAUAAUGAUCUUUUGUUCCGUGAUCUUUCACAAGCUAUGUAUGUUUGCUCACAUCCAAUGCUACAAGAACUUUUCCCUGAAGGAAAACCAGGUGAAAAUUCAUUGAAAAGACCUAUAACUGCAGGCUCACAGUUCAAGACCUCAGUGACAGAGCUGAUGAAAAAUCUCAGCUCCAAAAAUCCAAACUACAUUAGAUGUAUAAAGCCAAAUGACUACAAGCAAGCUAAUGUUUUAGAUAGGGAAAUAGUCAAACAUCAAGUCAGAUAUUUAGGGCUUAUGGAAAAUGUUCGUGUGAGACGAGCUGGCUAUGCAUUCAGGCAGGCAUAUCCCCUGUUUCUUUUCCGCUACAAGAUGCUUGCAACAGAAACCUGGCCCCACUGGACAGGAAACCCAAUGGAGGGUGUCCAAAAAAUACUUGAAGCUCAAGGAAUUCCAUCAGAAGAGUUUGCUUUUGGAAAGACCAAAAUUUUCAUCAGAAAUCCUCGAUUACUCUUUGAUAUGGAGGAGAGGAGACGAGAGAGAAUGCAUCACCUGGCAACACUCAUCAGAGCAACUUGGCUUCAGUACAAGUAUCGAAAGCUGUAUCAGAGAAUGAGAGCAAGUCAGAUUAUCAUUGCUGCAAUCUACAGAGGCUAUUGGGCCAAGAAACGCUAUCAAAAGGUCAAAAAGUCUACACUUAUAAUCCAGUGUUACACAAGGGGCUGGAAGGCGCGUGUCAUACUGAGAGAGCUGAAAUUAGCCAAGCGGAGAGAAGAGGCAGCUACGUAUAUAUGCAAAAUCUAUCGUGGCUACAAGGCGCGCUGUUUGCUGGCACAUCUGAAGCAUGAGAAACAUCUCAACAUCUGCGCAACUACCAUCCGCAAAACAUAUCUGGGCUGGAAGGCAAGAAAGCUUCUGGCUGCUAUGAAGAAAGAGAAAAAAGUGCUCUGGGCCAAUCAAGUUAUUCACAAAUACUACAGGGGGUGGAAAGUGCGACAACAGUAUAGGCCAAAGUUCAGAAGAAUAGCUGGACCCAAGAUCUCCAGAUUUAUGAUCACAGCUUUAAAAAAACAAUAUCUUUUAAAGCUUAAAAGAAGUUUACCAUCCAUGAGCCCAACCUGUGAGGAUUGGCCUAAACCUCCAAACAGAUUUAAGGCAACAUCAGAAGAGUUACGCAAAAUAUUCCAUCGUUGGCGAUGUGCUCAGUACAGAAAGAAGAUUGACCCAGCCACAAAAGAAAAAUUAAAUGAGAAAAUGACAGCCAGUGACCUGUUUAAAGAUAAAAAAGAGAUCUACCCAGCCAGUGUGCCCCAACCAUUCCGAGGAGACUAUGUAGAUAUUAAGUCUAAUGUCAAGUGGCAGAAGCUUUCAAAGUCAACACAAGAUACAACCAUCAUUUUUGCUGAUAAUGUCAACAAAGUCAAUAGGGCUGAUGGCAAGAUGGUCAGCAAAGUACUUGUGUUAACCAACCAAGCGUUACUAGUUUUAGACCCAAAGUCUCUAGUUAUAAAGUACAGAAUUCCAUUAACAAUGAUACACAAGAUUUCAGUGUCUCCUUUCAAAGACAAUCUUUGUAUUUUCCAUUUACUGAAGGAGGAUGAAGAUGAAGAAGGGGAGGAUGAGGAGGAGGAGGAUGGAGGACGUGAGAAUGGAGAAAUAGCCUCCAAGAAAGGAGAUUUCAUCUUCAGCACAGCACAUGUGAUAGAAGCUGUUACCAAAACACUGUUGGAGAUGAAGAAAGUUUGCAAGCCACCAGAGGUUCAAAUUUUACCUCAGAUUAAUGCUGACUUUAGAGGCUCAACAGUUGAAGUGUCUUUCAAGAAAUCCCAAGGAGAAUCCGUCAACGGAAGUGUGAAAAUUGCUAGGAAAGGAAAUCGCCUGGACAUAAUGGAAUCAUGAUACUCCAGUAGUCAGUAGGCCAAACACUGGCUCUGGAGAAAGUUUAUUGAGCAUAAUAACUAUUUGAAAGCACACACAAAAAUAAACAUUAAGAAACCAUGCAAAUGACUUGUCUUUGUAAAUGCUGUUAAAGUCUAGCAAGAUUCAAAAGUGUUUAAUGCUUUGACAACUUUAGUGGCCUACUAGAUGGACUUUUUAAUUUUACCAAACAAAUGUAGUGCUACAAAAUAUUAGAAAAUUAACAAAAAAUAAAAUGCCUUACAUUUUGUUUUCUUAUUUAACCUGUACAUAUGUGUAUAUGUGUGUGUUCUUGUAAUAUUAUUGUAUAAAAUAUAAUUUAUGGUAAUUUUUUUAUAUCUAUUCAGAACACUGGAGUGAUAGAACUUAAAAAGAUGUGACACACUCCAAAUCUGUUUAGCAUUCUUAUAGUACUAGAAUAAAUAUAGUUUUUGCAAGAAUCAUUUGUAUUUUAAUUGCUGUGAAAUUUUGUUUUUAGGUUUAUUUUUUAAUUUAGAGACAUCUUUACUUAGUAACAGGAUUUUAAUAUAGAAAAAAAAACUGACUUUGUGUUCUUAUUUAUUUGCCUUAGUCUGUCAUGAUUUAAUGGCCUUAACAUAUGAACUUCAAAAGUCUUAUGACAUAUGCUUGUGGAUAAAAAAAACGUCUAUGUAUGAAUGUGUACUAUUCUUGUUGGUGAAACCAAAUCUAGUUUUGAGCUAUUGGAUCUUUUUAUACAUCUUAUACAAUGCUGUAGAAAAAAAAGGUUUCUGCCUUCUUUUAUAUUGGCAUCCUUGUCAUUUGGUUCAGAAUUUCUGUGCUGAUCAACCUGGCAAGUAUGUAUAUUUUCUAACUUUGCUAAAUCAGAGAUGAUCUGCUAUUCUUCAUUUCUUUUUCAUUUUUGCCUAAUGUGCCAAAUUUUUUCCUGAUUCUUAAGAAAUAUUCAAAAUUGGAGACAAAGUCCAUCUCAUCUUAUUGGACCAUUUAGUCAGAUUUUAUGAUUAUUUGUGUUUUUAAAGUGGAAAUUAAAAUUUAUUUUUUUUUAACUUUCAAAAAUAUCAAAGAAUGAAUCCAACAAUGUAAUAUUGACAAAUAUUCUAUUUAUAUUCAAGUGCAACCUGUGGUAUGGCCAGUAAUCAGGCUGCUGGUGGUUCCAUCAAAACCUGAAUGUAUUAAGAUUAUCAUCCUGAAUUUCUGUCUUAGCUUUUCAUGUAUCAUAGUGUGCUCUGAGAUUUCAAGACAGUUUCAAUAAAUCAUCAAGAUAUCAAUUUUGAGAAAAGGAUCAAUAUUAUUUCUAUUAGUAAAUCAAUGAUUUUUAAUUCAUAUAUGUUUGGUUUUGUUUGGUCUGGGAGUUAUGUGAAAGGCAAAACUGCACACCAAACCAAUUUUAUUUCUACCCUUGAUAAAUUCAAAAUUAAAAUGUAGCAAUUAAUACACUACUUAGUAUCUGAAUUUUCUUAUUCAUUUCUAAUAGUGCCAUGCUAACUAUUUUGUCAACCAAAUUUUUACCAUCAAAACGAAAAACUUAGACCUGUAGAUUACAUAUUUAUAACUACAUACUCCAACUCUCUUCUUAUCUAUCCUAUACAUAGUUUCAUACUGCAUACACUCUAAGACUGAGCAGAAAUAGGAUAAAUUGUUCUAAAACUUCUUUCUGAACUUUUUACAAAGGACUUGACUAAAUCUAUAUGUAAGUCAAAGGAUGUGUUGAAAUGACUGGGAUGAAAACAUUGUUCUUUUUUUGGACCAAAAAAAAAGUUGAGCUUUCACUUCAAAAACUUAUUUUGUUUCCCAUUGUUGUGUUGUUUUUGUCUGAGUCUAACUCUUCUGUGUUGGUGACAAGCCAUGACCUAUAGAAUGUAUAUGUACUAUUUAUUUAUUGGCAGUCUGAAUAUUGCAGCUGUACUCUGUAAAAAAAAAAAUAUUUUGUGACUAUAAUCUCAAUAGUGCCAUGAUCUGUUGUUUGUUUCACUUCAACUUUACCGGAAUUCAUUUUCAAGCAAUUUUAUUUUUAACCUAGGCCAAAAACCAUGAGCCUGAUAUUAAUAUUUACUCAACAAAAUGAUCACAAAUGGAGAUAAGUUUCUGAUUGUUAGAAAGGAUUUCAAGUAUAAAAUUUACAGACCCAUGACAGAGACUUUUUAACAUCAUUCAGAUUUUUGUGUGUGUACAUUUACCAUAAAGGAAUGGAUCAAAUCAAUUAUCUCUUGUAAAGUGGGUUUAAGUUAUUUUUUUCAAAUGCAUGCUGACAUGCUUAAGAAAUAGUAUUUGGCCACUAUAGUUUGUAAUGUGUACAUUCUUCAGUUCAGCUCCAUGUUUAGUUAGUAAUUUGAGAUGACUUGGUUCAAGUUUUUAUAUCAAAUUUACACUGGCUCAUUGCUAAGCAUUUAUAUUUAUAUCAACUUAUGCAAUAUACAACUACAUUUAAGCAUUAUUAGUCUGUAUUAUUACAAAAUAAAAUAUAUUAACAAAGUAGA